AUGGGUGAUAACCUGGUGUACUCUGGUUAGUUUCCCUGAAAAUAAUGAAAUUGGGCCUAAGCGUUGAAAAUUUUAGUUCGAUCAAGUGAUGGCUUCUACCUGAAGCGCGGGCUCGGCAAAGACGCAGUAACUGUCUUCGACAGAAACAGGUAUGAGAAUUGAGUCAUUCUGUAUAGAGAUUACACGGCAAAACUGAAUUUUGUUGCAAAUUUGCGAAUUUCAGCGACUCGAAGAUGUGAACUGCAAUGUGUUUGCGUACAGCAACAACGGACAGUUGUUCGCCUAUUGCGAUAAUCAAGUGUAAGAAAAACUUGCGGAUACCGUUCUCAAAUAUUGUUUUUCAGAACACGGGUAUUCGAAAUCGCAACCAACAAGGAGAUUCUGUGCGUGAAUCAGAAAAGGACCCGGCGGUUGUUGUUCUCGCCGCGAGACAGCUUGCUGUUCACUUUCGAGCCAUGGGCAAUCUAUGGACUGAAGACCUCGGAGAACCAGAAGCCGGAGCCGAAUGUUCGCGUCUACAAUCUGGCCGAUGGACGACACAUUACCACACUCUCCGCCCCGAAGGAGGUUUGAUCUUGUUUUUAUGCGCUUUACCAACCUUCCCUUUUUCUAGUCGUCAUGGGAGCCACAGUUUUCGGAGGACGAAUCGCUCGCGGCGAGAAUUGUUGGAAGCGAGAUCUUCUUCUACACCGAUAUGUCUUUCGGUAAGAGAACAUCUUCAACUCUGAAGUUUUAUUCAAGAAAUUAUUACAGAGCGUUACGACCACAAGCUAGUUGAGAAGGGCGCCACGAGCUUCUCCCUGAGCCCUGGCCCAGCUCCAAACCACGUGGCCGUCUACGUGCCGGCCACUGACUCCAACCCAGCACGUGUGCGCGUUCAUCGGGUCGCCAACAACUUCCCGGUCGUCGAAAACCGCUCUUUCUACAAGUCGGACAAGGCUAACAUCUCGUGGAAUCAGCGCGGAAACGCUCUCCUAAUUCUCGCCAGCGUGGAGGUCGACAAGACGAAUCAGUCGUACUACGGAGAGCAGAGUCUGUUCCUGAUCAACAUCCAGUCGAAGGAUUCCGUGAUCGUGCCGCUGGCCAAGGAAGGACCAAUCUACGCAGCGAAAUGGAACCCGAACGGACGCGAAUUCGCUGUCGUCUACGGCUACAUGCCCGCUAAAGUCACGUUAUACAACAAUAAGGGCGUGCCGGUGUUUGACUUCCUUGAAGGACCACGCAAUGACGUCUUCUACAACGCCUUCGGAAACAUCUUGCUAAUCUGCGGGUUGGAAACAUCUCCAAGGGAAGAAUGGAGUUCUGGGACGACGAAAAGAGAAAGGAGAUCAUCUCGAUCGAAGUGCCAAACACGACGCUCUUUUCGUGGGCUCCAGAUGGACAGCAUUUCAUGACGUGCACCACGGCACCACGUCUCCGCAUCGACAACUGCUAUCGCUUCUGGCACUACUCCGGCCGAAUGCUCGCUGAAACUCACUUCGAAGGACCGAAGGAGCUGUGGGAGGUGCAGUGGCGGCCGAUGAGCGGCUACAACAAGUUCGCUAUCAAAGAACUCACCAAGACCGACAAGAUGGCCGCCGGACUUCCGAUCCGCAAGAAGGACGCCUCUCACCCGCUGAACAACGUCCCGGCGGGAGCUGUCCGUCAAGCAGGCGCCUACGUUCCGCCGCAUCUCCGGAAAGGAGGAAGUGGCGUAUCCGCAGGAGCUCCAGUCGGCUCAACGGCCCCGGCUACCAACGGAAAUCAGAACCGACAGCCACGGGCGAACGGAAAGAACGGAAACGAACCGCAGGCAGUCCGGCCACAACAGACCGAGCAGGAGAAGAAACUCAUUCAGCUCAAGAGGAAGGUCGACGAGAUUCAGGUACUCAAGGUGAGAUUCAGAAGAACUGAUUUGACAAUAAGAGUUUUAAUGUUUCACUUUUUCAGCAAAAAGUCGCGAACGGUGAACAACUACAGCUGAAUCAGGUGGAGAAGAUCAACCGGGAGAACGACUUCCUCGCGGAGAUCGCCAAGUUGUCCAUCUGA